AUGCUUUCAAUUAAGUUUGCUACUCCAUUGAAAUAUGAUCAUAUUGAUGACUUCUAUCGUUUGCUUAUAUCAAAUCGUUUUACACAACUUCACUCGGUUCGCCAAGAUGGUGCUGAUCUUCGUCUCAAACAUUAUGUCGUCGAAAACAAACGUCUCUAUUCACUCUUUAUCGGAUCAUGUGAAUUGCAGCAUUGGCCUGAUUUAUUGGCAGCAUUACCAGCUUUAUGUCAAUUUACCACUACGAUAUUUUAUCUUACUCCACCUAUUUCUGACGCAACAUCGUUUCGACACAUGACUUUACGCCAUCUCAAUGUUGUACUAGACGAAUACUAUCAUGUCAUCAAUGAUCUUGAAAAAGUACUUUGGUUUACACCCGUCUUAACUCAUCUGGCUGUACGUUGUACACGUGCUCUCUCAGCAAUCGAUUUUUUUGGUUUAUCCUAUAUGUUCGCCGAACGUACGCCUCGUCUCAAACAUUUUCAAUGUCGAUUCAAUGUUGUGAUUAGAAAAAAUGAAAUAAUUACAGAGGUGGAUCAUAUACGACAGAUUUCUCCACUCUUUGCCACGAUUCAUUACAACCAACAUGAGACAUACAAUUCAUUUUGUAUCGUAGCCACAGAGCCUUUGAUGAAUGAAUAUCGACCCGAGUAA